UGGAACGCACGCAAUCGCAUCCAACGCGUCAUCACCGUCCGACAAACGCAACACAAAAAAAACGUAAAAAUGUCAAACGGACAAUGUGAAAAGAACGAACCUGUAUGCCAUUUCGUCCAUAUUCUUUUCUCUCCUAACACCCCCAACAACCCCCUCCUCUCAGUCUUCGCUUUGCUUUGCUUUAAAACCCUCCGCAAUUCAGUCUCUCUUCGCUUGCAGACAAACGCAGAUAUGGUCGGAAAGAGGAAGGAAACGACGACUUCCUUGGAGGACUUGAUAGAGAAUGCAGGAGGUUGCGCUGUCGUGGACGGAGGGUUUGCCACACAGCUCGAGAAACACGGCGCUGCUAUCAACGACACUCUCUGGAGCGCCGUUUGCCUCAUCAAGGACUCCGACCUCAUCAAAAGGGUCCACUUGGAAUACUUGGAAGCCGGCGCCGAUGUUCUGGUCACUUCAUCUUACCAGGCAACAAUUCCGGGAUUUUUGUCCAAGGGACUGUCCAUCGAAGAAGGGGAGUCAUUGCUGAAGAAGAGUGUGACGUUAGCUGUCGAAGCUCGUAAUAGUUUCUGGGAGGCAGUGAAAGUAAGUCCCCGGCAUCAUCGCUAUAACAGGGCUUUGGUUGCGGCCUCUAUCGGAAGCUAUGGGGCUUAUCUUGCUGAUGGUUCUGAAUACAGUGGGGAUUAUGGACCAAAUGUGGAUAUGGAUAAGCUGAAGGAUUUCCACCGCCGCAGAUUGCAAGUUCUUGUGGAAGCAGGUCCGGAUUUACUUGCAUUUGAGACCAUUCCUAAUAAGCUUGAAGCUCAGGCCUGCGUUGAGCUGCUGGAAGAAGAAAACAUUCAUAUGCCAUCUUGGAUAUGUUUCAGCUCUGUAGAUGGUGAGAAUGCGCCAUCUGGAGAGAACUUCAAGGAAUGCCUUGACAUAAUAAAUAGCAGUAACAAAGUAAACGCAGUGGGGAUAAAUUGUGCACCUCCUCAGUUGAUUGAAAGUCUCAUCUGCAAAUUGAAGCAGUUAACCAGUAAGGCAAUUGUUGUGUACCCUAAUAGUGGUGAGAUAUGGGAUGGCAAAGCAAAGAGAUGGCUGCCUUCCAAGUGCUUCGAUGAUGACGAGUUCGAAUGCUUUGCGACAAGAUGGCGCGAUUCAGGAGCUAAGCUCAUUGGAGGCUGUUGCCGGACAACACCAUCAACCAUUCAAGCAAUUUCUAAGGUUCUAAAGGGAAAAUCCCAAUGAUUCUAUUACCAAAGAUUGAGCAACAAUGACAGUGUUAAAUUUACUCUCUAGAAAUUCUAGCUUAAUAAAAAUAUGGAUAGAUUUGAUUUGGUUACCAAAGAUUGAGCAGGAAGGGCACAGUUAUAUUUAUUGUCUAGGAAUUCUAGGUUAACCAAAACAGAAAACGAUCGACUUGGUUAUAGAAACUUUGUUUGUUUUGGCAUUCGACGCGUUAGGCUUUAAUGUUUGGCAAAUGAAAAUUGUUAAAAGUUAGUUUUCAAGGGAAUGCAACGUUUUCUUCUUGUUCCUUUUC